AUGGCAUCCUACUUCGACGAACAUGACUGUGAGCCCACUAACCCCGAGGAACAGUACCGCCAGAACGCACUUCUUGAACUUGCCAGGUCUCUAAUGCAGGGUUUAGACUUGAUGGACUCAGGCGAUUCGUCCGACUGGAACCAGCGUCUUCCUCCCCCUGCUGCUAAAGUAGCUGUGCAGACCCUCAAUGUAGUUGUUAUUUCUCCUGAGCAAGCAGACAAAGCCCUGAAGUGUCCCGUUUGUUUACUAGAGUUUGAAGAGCAGGAAACAGUUCGAGAAAUGCCUUGCAAGCAUCUUUUCCACUCUGGCUGUAUACUGCCAUGGCUAGGCAAGACUAACUCCUGCCCGUUGUGUCGACUUGAACUGCCUACUGAUAAUCCAGAUUAUGAAGAGUUCAAGAAAGACAAGGAGAGAAGAAAACAGAGGGAGCACAGACUGGAGGACCUCCACGGAGCAAUGUACACAUGA